GGGCUACAAAAUCUAAUUGGUAUCGAGUUUUGUCACUUUUGACCAGACCUUCAUUUCAUAAAGUAAAAAAAUGGGUAAAAGAGAAAAUGAAAAUCUAAAAGAAAUUGAAGGCAAAGGCGCAAAGCCGCGUGAUUCCAGAUUUUGAGACCGAAUUCAUCCUUUGGUAACAAUACAUGACCUCACCGGUCAACGCUCUCACUCCAUCUCCCUCAGACCCUAUGACUUUGACUUUCAUUCUCUUCUUCUCUGAUCUGACUCGUCGCUGAUGCCGCCUCCUGCUGUUCUCUCAAAUACUUUAUACUUGUCAUCAUAUCUCAUCGUUGCUCUGGUUCCAGUCAUCUCCGACCACAACCAUAAGAUGAUUAGUUCUAUUGCUACUCAUCCACUUCAGCUUAGUAUGUUUGUUAGGGGUAGAAAUGGAAAAACAGUUAAUUAAAUUGAGCUAAAUAUAGCUGGGGAAUCUUUGGUUGUGGAAGGGCAUUUUGGGUAAUUUACAUUUUAUAGUUAGAGGUUUAGCCUAUAUAUGCUGGGAAUAAUGAGGGGGGAUAUCAUCUUUUUUUGAAAUCUGCUCUUGUACCUUGGGAGAGAACUAGACUCUCAAAUUUCUAGCAAUCAUCAGACAGAGUUUCAUUUUGUAUGCACCAAAAUCAUUGAGUAUUGAGCAAUAUUUCCCAGAGUAUUCUUACACUGCUUUUCUUUGUAUUCACUAUUCAGUGAGUUCUUGUUGAUCUUAUUUGAGAGGGUGAUUUCAUAGCAAAAUUGUUAAGGUACGUUCAAGCUAUUGCAUACAACUUCUUCCAUCGAUCAUGGACCAUUUUGAUCACCUAAAAAUUCGAAUGGAAGACAUAAUAUCUGCCACCGGAAACUUUAGUCACGACAGACUAAUCGGACGUGGUGGGUUCGGCCCGGUGUACAAAGGAGAACUCUCACUUUCAACACCAACCAUGGUAGCUUUCAAGCGCUUAGAUCGUAGACUCGGACAAGGGAACACUGAGUUUUGGAAGGAGAUCACAAUGCUUUCCGAAUUAAAACAUACAAAUUUAGUUUCUCUCGUUCACUUUUGCAUUCAGGGUGACGAGAGAGUCCUUGUUUACGAAUAUGCCUCUCGUGGAAGCCUCGAUCGCUAUAUAAGUGAUGUUAGUCUUACAUGGACUCAACGCCUCGAUAUAUGCCUUCAGGCUGCACGUGCACUAAGGUACCUUCAUGAUCCGAAGAAACCUCAAGGAAGAGUUCUCCAUCGUGAUAUUAAAAGCUCCAACAUCCUUUUGGAUGACAAGUGGACUCCUAAAGUUUCUGAUUUUGGGUUGUCAAAGAUUGGCGUAUCAAACCAACCACACACAGUUGUUGUCUCCAAUCCUGUUGGCACAGUUGGAUAUUGUGAUCCGUUGUAUUGGGAAAUGGGCUUUCUAUCAAAAGAGUCUGACGUGUAUUCCUUUGGAGUUGUACUCUUUGAAGUAAUGUGCGGAAGAUUGUGUACUGAGUAUCGUAAUGAUAAGCAUACAAAUUUAGUAAGUUGGUGGAAAAAAUGUUGUGAUGAAAAGCAACUAGAUGGUAUUAUCUUUCAACAUAUAAAGGAAGAAAUAGAAUGGGACUCUUUGAUAACCUUUUCAACCAUCGCCAAUCGAUGUACAAAUAGAGAGCGUAAAGAGCGACCAACAAUGGAUGAGGUUUUGGAAGAACUUCAGAUUGCACAUGAACAACAGAAUAUCAAUAGCAACGUCCUUCUAAUCGAGAUGUCCGAGCGUGCUGUACCUCCACUAUCCUACACAUCCCAAAAGGAACUCAUAUCACUUCUUUCCAAAGGCAUACUUGUUGAUGAGGGCAAAAGGUGGGUUACAAUAAAUAAAAACAAACAAUUUCAUGAAAUGAUAUCCGCAACAGAAUGUAUACAUGGAGGGAGGUUUAUUCGUCGCUGUGAUGAUUAUUCAAGGUUCUCAAAUAUUUUCAUUUCAUUUUCCUCUGAUUUCAAAGUAGAAGUGAGGACUCGAUUCUUGUCACCACAUGUCACUUACACCAUAAACCUCGUCUUCAAACAUGAAAUUAACAAAUAUGGGAUAUAUGUACCCUUCAUAUACAAAUUGGAAGAGGAGACACACUAUUCAAAGUCACACAUUGUGCAACUGAGAAAAGAUGGGUGGCUAAUGGCUGAAUUAUAUCGGUUUACUAGUUACAAAAAGGAACAUGAAUUCAAAAUUGAGUUCUUACAAUUUGCUAUUACAAGUCGUUGGCGUCAUUUAGAAGGCAUUGAAUUUCGACCCAUGGAGCAUGAAGCACAUGGAGAUCGAAAGGGCAAACAUACGAGGCCAAGAUCAGGUUUGGACACUGAGUUGGAACAAAAGAUGAUACUAGAUUAUAUGGAUUUAAUCAGGUUGUCAAAAGAUAAUUUACAGUGGACAACUAAGAAGGAUUUUUACUUUCUUCUUCGCAAAGGCUUUCUCAUCCACGAGGGUGAAAAGAAACAAACUAACGAGAAACUAGAGAAACAAAGAGUUACAACACAAAUUAAUCCACCUAAGUUUCUAUUAAUCAACAAUAACAACACCACUUGA